GGGUCAUGUGACCCGCAGGCUUUGUCAAUGGGAGGCAAAGUUCUUUUUUUCCUACCGGUUGUAAAGGACGCUGGUGUUACUUCCUGAUCGGGGGAGGAAGGAAAGGAUUUAUCCUGUCUUGGCUCAUGAGGAAAGCAACUGGACAGAAUUUUCCCCCCACAUCCUAAAAAGAUACAGGAGGAGGAAAGUAGCUGUGACUCGGGCGGGAGAGGCGACUGGGUUGGGAAAAAAAAAAUCCCCCCAAGUCAGCCGUGGUGGUGAAUGGUCAGGGACAAAGGACGAGACCGGCCGUUUGGAAAGAGAAGCCGUGACAGAUGUGGACCCACGCUUGAGACCUACUCUUUCGGAGACGGCCUCGGCCCGGCCAGGGCACCAUAGUGGCAAUGGGGUCCAGGGAAGCCGGCCUUUGGGUUUCCUUCUUCUUACUCCAGAUGGCAACCGGCGUGAUGAGCAGCCAGCCCUGCGAAAAGAAAUAUUUCGGCCGUGACGCCAUGGUCUGCGUUUGCAACCGCACCUACUGUGACACGCAUGAUCCGGUCUCCCUUCCUCCCGCCGGCUCCUACGUCAUGUACGAAAGCAGCAAAUCCGGCAGCCGGUUGGAAAGAAGUGAAGGAAGGUUCCAGAACAAGACCUUCACCCCAGAUCUCCUCUUGGUUCUGGAGACGGCCCAGCGGUACCAAGUGAUCAAGGGCUUCGGCGGCUCCAUCACCGAUUCGGUGGCCAUCAACGUCCUCUCUCUCACGCCGGAUACACAGGACAACCUACUGCGCUCCUAUUUCUCAGACCAGGGGAUUGAGUACAACCUCCUGCGCAUGCCGAUGGCGAGCUGUGAUUUUUCCGUCCGCCUCUACACGUACGACGACUGGCCGUACGAUUUCGAGCUGCAGAAUUUCAGCUUGGUUGACGAGGACGUCAAGAUGAAGAUCCCCCUGAUUCACCGGGCUCGGGCGAUGUCCAAGAAAAAUAUCUCUCUCUGCGCCAGUCCGUGGACGUCUCCGCUGUGGAUGAGGACCAAUAAGGAGUGGAAGGGGAAAGGGUCCCUUCUGGGGCAGGCGGGGGAUCGGUACCACAAAACGUGGGCCAAUUACUUCAUCAGGUUUCUGGAUGAAUAUGCGAAGCACGAUGUGACUUUCUGGGCCGUGACCGCCGAGAACGAACCCAGCGCGGGGUUGAUCGACAAUUAUCCCUUCCAGUCGUUGGGUUUCACACCCGAGCAGCAGCGUGACUUCAUUGCGCUGGAUCUGGGCCCGGCCUUGGCUAACAGCUCGCACAAGGCCGUCCGUCUGAUCAUCCUGGACGACAACCGGAUACAUCUGCCCAAUUGGGCCAAGGUGGUGCUGAGCGCAGAUAGCCAGGCCCGCCGAUACGUCCACGGCAUUGCCACCCACUGGUACCUCGACUUCAUCGCCCCCAUCGCUGACACGGUGGCCAUCACCCACCAGCUUUUUCCUGACUACUUCCUGAUUUCCACCGAAGCGUGUAUCGGAUCCCAUUUUUGGGAGAGGGACGUGAUCCUCGGCUCCUGGGAUCGGGGGAAUCAAUACAGCCGGAACAUUUUGGAGAAUCUGAACAACCACGUCGUCGGGUGGAUUGAUUGGAACUUGGCUCUGGAUUUAGAAGGGGGCCCCAACUGGGUCCAGAACUACGUGGACAGCCCCAUCAUUGUGGACGUGGCCAAUGACAUGUUCUACAAGCAGCCCAUGUUCUACCACAUGGCCCAUUUCAGCAAGUUCAUCCCGGAAGGCUCGCAGCGCGUCGGCCUGAGAGUAGAGAAGAAAUGCUUUGGGUGCAGCUUGGAGCACAUGGCCGCCCUUCGACCUGACGGAUCCGCCAUGGUGGUCGUCCUGAAUCGGUCCGGCUCCAAAGCCCCGUUUGCGAUUUCCGACACCGGGCGCCUGAUCGUGACUCAGAUCCCGGCGAAUUCCAUCCAGACGUAUCUGUGGAGGCGUGAAUAAAGGGCAGGGAGCAGCGGGGCUCGGCAACAAACAGGCAGAGAGAGAAGAAAAUUGUCCAAGCCAUUCCUGGUAUCACCCCUGCUCUAAGGACAUGUCGACUUUUUUUUUUUAAGGACUACCUCAUUUGCUUUUGGUAACGAAGCCAAGAGCCGAGCGAACGAAGCCAAAG